AAUAUAGUAUAUUAUAAAGAACUUCUAAAAUAAUUUUUUUAGCUAUUUUAAAUAAAUUAGAAAUUAUUUUAACACUUGAAAAUGGACUCCAGUAAGAAAGUAAAUGAUUCUCAAAAUUUAAGUGACAAAAUUUCAUCGUUUCAAAAUACCAAAGGAUAUAAUAUAUUGGAUGUGCAGAACGAUCAAAAAUAUACCGAAAAUUGUUUGAAAAGAUUUAAACAAGAAUACAGUGAUUUGAUGAAACAAAAAAACGAAAUUCAGUCUAUUAAAAGUUCAAUAACAAAUAAUGUUAUAAAAUCAAUAUCACCGAAGAUUUAUAGCAAAAGUAUUGAAUCAAGUAAUACUAAUUUAUAUUCUUCGGACGAAUUUUCGAUAUCAAAUCUAACCGAAUUGAGUUCUAACAAUACAAUAGAACUAGUAGAAAUUGAUAGUAACACAAUGAGUGAUUCAAACUUUGAUAUGUCUCAAGAUCUCAAACAAAAGAAAAAUUCAUAUAGUCAAACAUUUUUGAAAAAAAAUAAUAAUAAGGAAAUGUCAUUUAAAUAUGAUAACCUUAAUGAUCAACACAUCGAUAAGCAUAAACACGGAAAAUGUGACAAAGGAAAACUAGGAUGUCUUCAUGCUAAAAGCAUAACAAAAAAUAUUCAGAAAUAUCAAAAAAAUGAAAAUAUUCAAAACCACGAAGGAGAUUGCAUCAAAUUUUAUGAAAUGUUGGAUGAAAUUAAUAAUGAAAUUAUAAAAUUAAAAGAACUAUUUUCAAACAAUACAGAUUCUAAUUCAUUUUGCAAUACUAUGCACUAUAAUAACUAUAACACUAAUCGGUCCACUUACAUCACUGGAAUGUCUGCUGGUGAAGACUUAAUUGACAAUGAAGAAGAAAUUGCCGAAGUUGUUCUUCAAGAAGAACAAAUUGACGGGUUUUUUGAUGGUGAGCUUUUAGAUGGAAGACGUGGAUUAGUGCCUUCAAAUUAUGUACAACAGCUAUAUGGUAGAGAUCUUGAAGAUUUCUAUCAAUCCAUGGUGGUCAGACUUAGAGAAUGUGACGAUAGUGCGACAACUACGGUUCCUCAAAAUAUUGAAUACAUGCUCCCAGACGAACAAAUGAAGAGACUGGCUCAACAAGAGUAUAGUAAUAUGUUAGAAGAAUUACAAGAAGACGAUAACGUCGAUGACGAUGACAUGUUCUUCUCGCUGCUAGUACCGGCACCGAAGCAGCUGACAUUGGAAAGGCAAUUGAACAAAAGCGUGCUGAUUGGUUGGAAUGCACCUUCAUCUGAAGAAGGUUGUUUGCCAGAGUCAUAUCACGUAUACGUAGAUGGAAAUUUGAAAACGACUAUUAAAGCUACAGAAAGAACCAGAGCUUUAGUUGAAGGAGUUGACUCAAACAAGCCACAUAGGAUCAGUGUAAGAUCUGUAACAGCUAAUAGAAGAACUUCUAGAGAUGCUGCUUGUACUAUGGUUAUUGGUAAGGAAAAAGAGUUGCCAUUACGACCUUCACAUGUAAAGGCUAGCCAAGUGACAUCCACGUCCGCUGUUAUAUCAUGGCUGCCAAGCAAUAGUAAUUUUCAACAUGUGGUUUGCGUCAAUAAUGUCGAACUCAGAACUGUCAAACCGGGUGUUUACAAACACACAAUAACAGGUUUGGUGCCCAAUACAUUAUACAGAGUAACAGUUAGUGCUAAGACGUUACGUGCACCGACGUUUGAUCAAAAAAGGACUUCUACCUCUAUGGAGAAAUUUUCUACGCACAUAAAUUUUAAAACGCUGCCUAAAGGCUGCAAAGGACUUCCAGAUCCACCUUCAGAAGUACAAGUAGAAUCAGGACCACAAGAUGGAACUUUAUUGGUUACGUGGCUUCCGGUGACUACCACACUCAGUGACCCCUCUAACCGUGGUCAUAUAACAGGUUAUGCUGUGUACGCAGAUGGAAAAAAAGUGUCAGAUAUUGAUAGCCCAACUGGCGAUCAUGCUUUAAUUGAUAUCACUCAACUGCUCAGUCUAAACCCCAGACAAGUAACUGUACGCACUAAGUCUAGAGAUAACCAGUCUUCUGAUAGUAAUCCAGUUUUAAUACCCGGUGCAAAAAAUAAAUCUCCUCAUCAUCACAAUCAUCACCAUAAACAAGAUGAAGACAAACGAAUUAAGUAUGGAUCGGCAGUACCAAAUCAUAUAAGACCGCAAAGGAAUGCUUAUGGCCAGGUCAUCGUAGACACGGAAACUGAAAAUCUAAGUGAUAAAGAAAUAUUCCCCGGGCAAAUAAGCAUACCAUCGAUAGAAGUUACGAAAGAUUUUGCUGGUGAGGGAAACUAUAGUGAAGAAGAGUUCAUGGAAAAUGGUCGAGGAGCAAGGCGUGCUCCCUCAGCUCAUCCACAUAGACCCGCAGCGCCCACUCCCAGGUCUAAACCUCCUCAUCAUGGUCGCCAUCAUUACGAUGAAAGAGAGCAGUUCUAUCAAAAUGAGAAACAGAUAGAACCUAGAAUAAAACACGUUAGUGGUAGUGGUGACCAAAGAACUUACAGAGGGAGAAGUUCUGAUCCCAGGCAGACUGUUUAUCAGAAGACACCAAGAGACAAGCGACCUAGAUGGGUAGUGGCUAUUUAUGACUAUGAUCCUACUACCAUGUCUCCUAACCCAGAUGUUUGUGACGAAGAAUUACCAUUUAAAGAGGGAGAACAUAUAAAGAUAUAUGGAGAUAAAGAUCCGGAUGGUUUCUAUUGGGGUGAAAGUAGAGGAAGAUUUGGUUAUGUUCCUCAUAAUAUGGUCAUGGAAUUAUCAGAUAUGCAAAAGGUAAAUAAUCAAGAUCCUAGGGGUAGAAAAGAUGACCGUUGGAUUGAUCCGUAUUCAGGUCCUGUGAAAAAAAUGGUGGCACUGUAUGAUUAUGACCCGACUGAAAAUUCACCAAAUGUCGAUGGAGAUCAAGUGGAACUACACUUCAAAAUGGGUCAGACCAUAUUCAUAUAUGGGGAAAUGGAUGACGAUGGUUUUUACAGAGGUGAGUGUAAUGGAGUCCGGGGCCUAGUACCUUCAAACUUCUUGGUGGAGGUAGGCACAGACUAUGCUGAUGGCGAAGGUGUUGGGCCAUUACAGCCCAAAGGCCAACGGCAGUCACAGCACCACCAACAGCAGCAACAGCAACAACAUCAGCAACAACAACAACAGCAGCAGCAGCAGCAGCAGCAGCAGCAGCAACAACACCAGCAACAGGAUAUGAGAGGACACGGCCCCGGGGCUCGUGGUCCACCACCUCCACCUCGAGGCAUAGACCAGCCACUUAAGCGCAAAGAUGCCUGCCUUCCGCAGUAUGAUUAUCACCAGAUGUCAGCGGUGGAUGCGAGGGAGAGAGGAGAUCCGUACGAGAGGAGAGAUGGUAGAGACGGAAGCGGUGGUCAGUCAGCAGGUAGUGGUGGUCUUCAGAGCACUUCGGGCAAACUAUUCAAAGGCCUAGCACAUGUCGUUCCAGACUUCGGACUUGGUAGCAGGCCACAAGAUGGUCAACAAAUCCAUAACCAAGGGCAUACUGGAGGUGGAACGUCAAGUUUCAUGCAAAAGCUGAACGAUCUGACCCAUCACAAUCCUGUUAACAACACCACCAUGAACCAACAAAAUCAACAACAGCAGCAGCAGCAGCAGCAGCAGCCACAGCAACAGCAACAGCAGCAGCAACAACAGCAGCCCGAUCAUGGUGUGGAUAACAUUCUGUCAAAGGGCAAAGAAUUGAUUUUCAUGAAGUUUGGGCUGGGAAAAUGAUGUUUACCGACGACUAUUAACGUAGUGUUCACUGCCGAUGUCACUGUGAUCCGUUUAUACUGCUAACGUAUUAUUUACUGUCUUUCUUUACGUUUCUUGAUAUCGGUAAAUAUUUCUAUGUAUUAAAAAGAUAUAGCAAACCGAUAUGCUCACAGUUAAUUGAAUAAAAAUAUAAACAAAUAACAAAAAUGCUAAAAAAUGAUCCUUCUACUAAUAACUGUAAUCGUUGAUGAAUAAACCAUAUGUCACUUGUUUAUGUUUUAAUUUUUAAAGCCCUAUUUGGAUUCAUGUUAAUAGUCAACGGUAAAUAUAUCUUUUUAUAGAAUAUGAUGUUAUGUAUUACUCUCUUUUUGACUUCCAUAUAAGAUAAAGAUUAAAGAUAUUAUUAUUAUUAUUAUUAUUAUUAUUAUUUUCUAAUCCGACUUAUAACACGUACAUUUAGUUAAUUAUUUUUUUUUUUAUAAUAAUAUAAUCCAAUAGUAUAAAACAAUAAUGUAAUAAUUUAAUUAUUUCGAUUGGCAUACAUAGUAUAACGUACAUACCUAUACAUAAUACACGUCAUUAUUAUAUUUUAAGUAUAUUAUUAUUAAUUGUUAAUAUAUAUUAUAUAUAAAUUUAUAUUGUAUAAUUUGUAUAUGCAUACAUAAUAGUAUUAUAAUAUUAUAUGGUUACGAAUAUUAAACGAUAGGUUUGUUAUAGGCUGUACGUGAGAAAAGUCAAAGGCUGUGAUAUUAUUAGUUGUUUACUUACAACCGCCUGCACUAUACUUGAAGUAAGACAUUAUUUUUGAAAUUACAAAUUACAUGAUUUCGAUACUAAAAAUAGUAAAUACAUACGGCGGCGGUGGCGCCAGCUUUCAAUUUUCCUAUGAAAACAGCAUUCGUCACUCGUUUUAUCUUGAGGAGCUGCUUUAAGGC